ACGCAUCGUUUGGUUCAAUCCCUUUUCCUUCUUCCAUCUUCUUUCUUUUUCCUCUCUCGAUUCUGUUUCUCUGCCACAUUAUACUUAUUUAUCGUAGAUACUGAAAAAACUGUACGCAUAGCACAGCAGAGAGCUCCCUCCUUGAAUCUAAAUUCGCAUUGUGGCGCGUGAUUCACACUCGACGGGUUCCGCGGAAUUUGACUGGCCCAGGACACGGUUACUCUCGAAUUCCAGUGACCGAACCUCUCGAGAGGAAUGCGUCAUGGAUUCUGUGGAGGUUCAGGGUUUCAGUGGAGUGGAUAAGAGCUUUGGAGAGUGCUUCUCUGGUUGAAUCUGUCACUCAUUUGAAUAUGGCAUUGCAGAAGUAUGUUCCUUCUGGCAAUGCACCUUCUGGUAAUAUGAAACAUUUGAGCUUUUCCAGUAAGGUGCCUAAGAAAGCUGAGCUUGAUGAGGCAAAUAAGAAUCAUGACAUGGAUGUGGAUGUUGACCUUAGGGAAGUUUAUUUCCUCAUUAUGCACUUUCUUUCUGCUGGGCCAUGUCAUAAAACUUAUUUACAGUUUUGGAAUGAGCUUAUUGAGCAUCAGCUUUUGCCUAGAAGGUAUCAUGCUUGGUAUUCAAGGACUGCAGCACGUAGUGGAGAUGAAGAUGAUGACGGUCUAUCAUGCCCUUUAAAUUACAAUAUGUUAGUGGAGAGGUAUUCUCAUAUUGAAAAAGAUCACUUGGUAAAGCUUUUGAAGCAAUUGUUAUUAAAUACAGCUUCCCCAUCACUGGGUAUGAAUCUUGGAAAUGCUCCAAAUGCAGCUGAUGUACCUACUCUUCUAGGAAGUGGUUCAUUUUCACUUCUGAGCUUUGAUAGGGAUAAAAUGAAAGAAAUCAAAAGGCCACCUUCUCAUAUGCGUUGGCCUCAUAUGAAAGCCAAUCAGGUUCAUGGGCUUAAUUUGAGGGAACUUGGGGGUGGUUUCCCAAGACACCACCGUGCACCAUCUAUACGUGCUGCAUGCUAUGCCAUCGCAAAACCUUCAACCAUGGUGCAAAAGAUGCAAAAUAUUAAGAGAUUAAGAGGACACCGUAAUGCUGUCUAUUGUGCUAUAUUUGAUCGAUCAGGAAGAUAUGUGAUUACUGGUUCAGAUGAUCGACUCGUAAAAGUCUGGUCAAUGGAAACUGCAUAUUGUUUGGCCAGUUGCCGGGGGCAUGAUGGUGAUAUCACUGACUUGGCUGUGAGUUCAAACAAUGCUUUAGUUGCAUCCUCAUCAAAUGACUGUGUCAUCCGAGUGUGGCGCUUGCCAGAUGGCUUACCAAUAUCAGUUUUGCGGGGACAUACCGGAGCUGUUACAGCCAUAGCAUUUAGUCCCAGACCAAAUGCUGUAUACCAGCUUUUAUCUUCCUCUGAUGAUGGAACUUGUAGGAUAUGGGAUGCAAGGUAUACCCAGUCAAGUCCAAGAUUAUAUGUUCCAAGACCUCCUGAUUCAGUAAUUGGGAAGAGCAGUGGCCCAUCUUCAAGUACUUUACCACAGAGCCAUCAGAUUUUUUGCUGUGCAUUUAAUGCUAAUGGAACUGUCUUUGUAACUGGUAGCUCUGACAAUCUUGCUAGGGUGUGGAAUGCUUGUAAACUUAGUAUGGAUGACACUGACCAACCAAAUCAUGAGAUAGAUGUGCUCUCUGGGCAUGAAAAUGAUGUGAAUUAUGUGCAAUUCAGUGGAUGUGCAGUAGCAUCUCGAUUUUCCACAGCAGAAACUUGGAAGGAGGAAAAUAUUCCCAAAUUUAAAAAUUCCUGGUUGAAUCAUGACAACAUUGUUACCUGCUCUCGUGAUGGGAGUGCUAUUAUAUGGAUUCCCAAAUCACGCAGGUCACAUGGAAAAAGUGGUCGCUGGACACGGGCAUAUCAUCUGAGAGUUCCACCUCCACCUAUGCCUCCUCAACCUCAGAGAGGUGGUCCUCGUCAGAGAAUUCUGCCAACUCCACGUGGUGUAAAUAUGAUUGUUUGGAGCCUUGACAACCGCUUUGUCCUCGCAGCUAUUAUGGAUUGCCGAAUUUGUGUUUGGAAUGCUUCUGAUGGCAGCUUAGUACACUCAUUGACUGGUCAUACUGAAUCUACAUAUGUUCUGGAUGUUCAUCCUUUCAAUCCCCGGAUAGCUAUGAGUGCUGGAUAUGAUGGAAGAACUAUUGUAUGGGAUAUAUGGGAAGGCAUGCCUAUCCGGAUAUAUGAGAUAUCACGCUUCAAGUUGGUGGAUGGAAAGUUUUCUCCGGAUGGGACAUCAAUUAUACUUUCAGAUGAUGUUGGUCAACUAUAUAUAUUAAGCACAGGUCAAGGUGAGUCCCAAAAAGAUGCCAAAUAUGAUCAGUUCUUUCUUGGUGAUUAUCGACCUCUGAUUCAAGAUACUCAUGGUAAUGUACUAGAUCAGGAAACUCAAAUUGUUCCAUAUCGGCGGAACCUGCAAGAUUUGCUUUGUGAUUCAGCAAUGAUACCAUACCCAGAACCUUAUCAGAGUGAAUUUCAGCAAAGAAGAUUAGGAGCUUUAGGCCUUGAAUGGCGCCCUUCUUCACUAAAGCUUGCUGUGGGUCCUGAUUUCAGUCUGGACCCAGAUUAUCAUAUGCUUCCAUUGGCAGACUUGGAUUUGCUUACAGAACCACUGCCUGAGUUCAUAGAUGCUAUGGAAUGGGAACCUGAAGUUGAAGUGUUUAGUGAUGAUACAGAUUCAGAAUAUAAUGUCACUGAAGAUUUCUCUUCUAGGGGUGAGAAAGGAUGUUCAAGCUCCAAUGCCUCUGGUGAUUCAGGGUGUAGCACAGAUAACAGUGACGGGGAGGAGACUCACAUGGAUAGCAUUCGUAGAUCAAAAAGGAAAAAACAGAAGAUUGAAACUGAGAUUAUGACGUCUUCAGGGAGACGUGUGAAAAGGAGAAAUUUGGAUGAGUGUGAUGGAAAUACUUUUGGAAGUAGCCGAAGUAGGAAGGGAAAAAGUGGCCAAAAGACAUCAAGACGGAAAUCUUCUAAAUCAAAAUCUUCCAGACCUCAAAGGGCUGCUGCACGCAAUGCUUUGCAUCUAUUUUCCAAAAUUACUGGUACCCCAACAGAUGGAGAAGAAGAUAGUUUGGUUGGUGAUUUUUCAGAUAGUGAAUCAACAUUGCAAGAGUCUAACAUAGACAGUGAUGAAUCUGGUGAAACUUUACAGAAUGACCAACUGAAUUGUUCUAAGGGAAAAGAAAUAUCAUAUUGUGAAUCCGAGGACACAAAAUCUCACGAGUUAACUGGAACUCAUGUGAAUUCAAUGAACAAGAGGAGAUUGGUUCUCAAGUUACCAAUUCGUGAAAUAUCCAAGCCUGCGAAUGAGUUUGACUACCAGGCUGAGUUAGUUGGUUCAUCAUCAAAAACUGCACAAGAAGCUACUGAUUUUAUUAUGAACAAACCAAGUUCUAAGGAUUCAGGGUAUUAUUCUGGUAGCACAAGUUACCCUACAGUUGAAAGAACGGAUCAGGUAAUAGACCAUGUUGACAUGCUGGGGGAAAUUAGAUGGGGAAUGGUUAGGGCUCGUUCAUCUAAGCCUUUGAGAGUGGGAGAAACUGUUCCAUCAGACGCCGAAACAUGUCAUCAUGACGAAAAAGAAAAUGUUGUUAGUACUGGGCAUGAGAAAGAGGACAAGAACUUCAGUCCAUUAACCCCUGAUUUAGAAAUCCAAAAUGAUGACAGUUUGAUGGAGAUUAAUGAAAUUUGUGAUGGUACUACCUCGCAGCCUUUUAAUCCUACUCAGAAAGCAGAAGAGAUCACAGCUUCCAGCAAUUGCAGGGACAAUGAUGAAUCACUAAUUUCUGCUUACAUGAUUCCUCAGGAUACUGUUCCUGCUUCCAUCAGCUAUGGUAGGGUUGACCAACUACCUGAACCAAAUAUUGGGUUUCCUUCUGUUUCAACUAAACUAAGGUCUAAAAGGGGUUCAAGGGAUCCUGAAAGUCCAUCCAAGCAUGAAACAAAAUCUUCCAUGCUAAAGAAUAGUGCAUGUAGCGGUGAUGAUAAUAAUAAUUUCAACAAUGAAUAUGUGGUUGUGGACGACAACACUAAAGUAACAUGUAAUCAGGGAGACAAUGGAACUCAAGAAAUAGAGCCUCGGAUUAGACAAAAUAGUACAUCACAUGAUUUUCUAGAGCCACAUUCACAGAGAGAUAAAAUGUAUAAAGCUGUUUAUAGAAGAUCAAGAUCACACAGGACUGUGACUAAUUUAGCUGACAGUAGUGGCCCAGGAGAAUCCACUUCAAAUGGGAGCAACAGUACUCUUAAUGCAGCAGCAGACUUCAAUAAUGGGACAAAUGAGGCUAUUCAUACAAAUGGACCCUUAGAGUUGGAACCAACCACUUGUGACCCAAAUAAUGAGAAGAAUAAUCUCAGAGUGCAUGGAAAUGGUUUGGUUAAAAGUCCACAAAAUGUUUCCACAAGUGGAGAACAAUUCACAGAAGAAGAAAGGGGUUCUAAUUCAAAGUUGACCGUAGGUUUGAGGUCAACUAGGAGUCGGAGGUCUAGUUAUAAUAUUCAUGAGGCUAGUCCUGUAAAUAAAAGGAAAUCACUACAAUCAGCUACCAAAGGAUCAUGGUUGCUGUUAUCAACCCAUGAGGAGGGAUGCAGAUAUAUUCCACAACAGGGAGAUGAAGUUGUAUAUUUGAGACAGGGGCACCAGGAGUAUAUAGAUUAUUGCCGUAGAAGAGAGUCAGGGCCUUGGGUAUCACUUCAGGGACAUAUAAGAGCUGUAGAAUAUUGUAGAGUUCAAAGCCUUGAGUAUUCCCAUGUUCCAGGGUCUGGUGAUAGCUGCUGCAAAAUGACCCUUCAAUUUGUAGAUCCUAAUUCAAGUGUAGUCAGCAAAUCUUUUAAAUUAACCCUACCUGAAGUGACUAGUUUCCCAGAUUUUCUUGUUGAAAGAACUAGGUUUGAUGCUGCUAUGCAAAGAAAUUGGACACGCAGGGACAAAUGCAGGGUUUGGUGGAAGAAUGAGGAUAAUUCCUCUGGUAAUUGGUGGGAUGGUCGAAUUCUGUGCGUGAAAGCCAAGUCUUCUGAAUUUCCAGGCAGUCCAUGGGAGAGUUGUACUGUUCGGUACAAGAGUGACCUUACCGAAACACAUUUGCAUAGUCCCUGGGAGCUUUUUGAUGCUGAUACUGAAUGGGAACAGCCUCACAUUGAUGAUAACAUGAGAAAUAAACUGCAAUCCGCUCUCGCCAAAUUACAGCAGUCGGGCAAUACAGUCCAGGAUCGUUAUGGAGUGCAUGAAUUGAGGAAAAUCUCGAACAAGUCCAAAUUUAUGAACAGGUUUCCUGUUCCUAUAUCUCUUGAAUUGAUACAGUCAAGAUUGGAGAACAACUACUACCGUAGUUUGGAGGCGGUGAAGCACGAUGUGACAAUUCUAUUGUCUAAUGCCAACGCAUUUCUUGAAAAGGAUGCAGAGAUGUCGGCAAAAAUCAAACGUUUAUCAGAAUGGUUCACACGGACAUUAUCAUCAUUAUAGCUCUUGGCUUUCUGGGGCCACAGGCCAGCAUUAAGGCAAAAGCAGCCCCUGCUGGUUAUUUUCCCCCAUAUAUUUUUUGUAGAUAGAUUUUUCAAUUGUACUGCGGAUUAGUUUUUUCUUGCUAAAUUAGCUUCUGAGGAUAGAAAUAGGAAUAUCGGGAUAAAGUAGCAUUUUGCUGUGGAAAAUUUCUGCGGCUACAUUCAUUGUUUGUACAGAGAUACCACAUUGAUUGCAAAUGCAUAAUUCACAUUCAGAGUUUAUGGUC